GAGGCUCGCUGUCAUUGUCAUAAUAGCGUUUUACAGCGUGUUACGCGUUGUCUAGUUUGUUUAUAAGUUAAUUAAUAGAUCAUAUAAUAUAGAAUCAGUGUCGACUAUGUCCCGCGAAAAUUAUGGUAGAAAGGGCUAUUAUAACCGGGAUAACCGUGACAGAGAGUGGAGUAGGAACGAUUACCGCUAUGAGAAACACCGGCAGUUAUCAAGGAAACGCAGCAGGACGCCUCCGAGGGAAGAAGAGAAGCGGACAAGUCGCACUCCGAGGAAGAAUGAGAAGGAGAUGAUGGAUGACAACAUUCUCAGUGAGAUCUCCAAGUUACCGGAGCCCAGCGAGCUAUGGGACAGUCACUUACAAGACGGCUUCUCUGCCCCUCAACAACAGACCUUCCCCCAAGAAGGCAAUGCGUAUGUUGGUAACUACCAGCCGUCUUACUCUGGGUUGUAUGAUGACUUCCCGUCUGUUGGUGGAGUGCCGACAGCUCCUCAACCCCCCGAGAUAUCAUCCUGGAACCAGAUGUCCCUUCCGCCGCCACCAGCCCCAACAUUCAAUGUUGAAGAUCAGAUUAAGAAAGAAGCAGCUAUUGAAUCGGAAAUGCGACACCAGAAAAUAGCGUUGUCGAAACAAAGGGAGGAUUAUAUAAAGAAAGCCGCCAUACUGAAGAAGGAGUUAGACACGCUCAAGGACCAACGUAGCGAACUCCGCGGGGACAACAAGAGGUCGCCCAGCCCGGACACUAAACGGUUCCUUAAAGAGAACACGAAGCUUCAGUUGGAGAUCCAGAACAAGCUGAAGACCAUCAACAAUGUUGUGGACAUGCUAAAUGGUAUUAUAGGGGAGGAGGCCGACCUCAACGACACGGACACGCCCACCCAGGAACGGGAACGGGAACGGGAAAGAGGAACCAAGAGGAAGUCCAGGUCGCCCUCCAACAAGAAGUUCAACUACGUGUACUAUGACCCCGAGAUGCACUGGUGUCGCGUGUGUAACGAGUUCCCAUCCACGGCCAAGGAUUACCUCAACCAUCUCCACUCGCCGGCUCAUCACAAGAUGGCGGCGGCUCACAUGGAGGCGCCGUGGCACUCGGUGACGGGCGCCAACGAGGGGUUCCCUAGCUACCCGUCCGCACCCACCAAGAGAACUCCCAUCAGAGGUCUCCAGUUCUUCGUGCCGUCGAGCGCCUGGUACUGCAAGCUGUGCGACGUGUUCAUUGGUGAUCUGCACUGUGCCUCCGCUCACCUCAAAUGUGUGCAACAUUCCAAGAACUACACGAAUUUCGUGGAGCAGAAUCCCCACUGGGAGACAGAUUGGAUGUCUGACAGACAGAAGGCGCUGGAAAAGGCUCGGGCCGGGAACAAGGUAAAGCUGGAAGACAAGCCGGCGUACACCGCGCACACCAUCACCUUCAACAAGGACGGCUUCCACACCAAGAGAAAGACGGACAGCCCCAGCAGGGCCAGCGACACGGACAAGAAGAAGAAGAAAGAGAAGAAGAAGAAGAGCAAGAGAAAGAAGAGCAGCAGCAGCAGCUCCGACUCCAGCUCGAGCGGCUCAGACAGUGAGCCCAAGAAGAAGAAGAAAAGUAAAAAAUCGAAGAAUAAGUUUGAGGAGGAGAAGUUGACCGAGUGGAUGUCCUCCAUACAGAUGGAGAGACUCAACGACAACGACAGAAAACUGCUGGACAACAUCAAGUCCAGAAUCAAGAUGGACAAGGACGACAGGCGGGAGAAGAGGGAGCAACGAGACCCGGCCAGGCAGUACCGCGACGAGCGUCGCGAAUCCCGAUCGCGAGAUGAAAGAGAUCGGAGAGAUGAGAGACGAAGAGAUGAGCGCAGAGAUGAGAGGCACGAGCGGAGAGAUGACGGGAGAGAGGAGCGACAUGAGCGGAGAGACGACGGGAGAGAGGAUAGACAUGAGCGGAGAGAUGAGGGGAGAGACGAGAGGACGGACGCGAAGAAAACAGACAUCAGGAAGAUGAUGCCCUUCAUUGGAAAGAUGCCGGUGUACAAGAAUCUAACGAAGACGUCGAAAACAGAAGAACCAAAGAAAGAGGAGAAGAAGAAGAAAGAAGACGAGGCCACCAAGAAGAGAAGAGUGGAGAUGGACGCUGAGAUACAGAAGAAGGUGGCGGAGUUCAAGGAGAAAAUCGCGAAGGCCCAACUAGAGCGCCAGCAGGCGGAGCAGAUGCCGUCUCUACUCGGAGCCAUGCCGGGAACUCUGCCCGGGACGAUGCCGCCCGCCAUGACACACGCCUUCCUGCCGCCUCCGCCGGCUCCAACGGCGCCGGCUCACCUGCCCAAGGACUUCCAGGACGCUCUGGACAUCAUCUUCCCGUCGGAGGUGAAGGGCGACGGGCAGGCCGAGAUGUACCAGACCGUGCCGGGUCUGGCGCCGCCCGGGGCCUUCCCGGGACUCAUGGGCGGCAUGAUGGCUCCCUUUCAACAGCUGGGUCUGCUGGCUCAGCCGCCGGUCGUCGUGGGCUUCGACGUGAACACCGGCAUGUUCCAGCAACAGGUGUACGACGCUCACGUCACCCCCACCACCACCACCCCCGCCGACACCACCACCACCACCACCACCACCAACGACAACAAGACGCCGGCUCACACCGGCGAAGUAAUGGAGAAGAAGGACCCAACUUCCAGGAACAAGGAGGAGCUGGAGGAAUUGGCGCUGCUCGGGAUAGACGCCAGUGAUGUAGGGGCCGGCAUGUAAAGGACAGGCUCAUGUGGCGCCGAGUGACAUCUGUACAAUGUACAUACAUAUAUAUAGUUUAACAUUGUUAAUUAAAUGCAGUAUAAAAUGAAGUCGCCGUCCGCGCCGGCUGUAAGCGAGGAGCUGAAGGAAUGAACAUUGACCGGCGCACCACAGACCGAACGACCUCCUCACAAGGAACCACUGAAGCAAUGUUUAUAGUUGAUGUAUGAAUUAAUUCAUUUGGUGAAUAAAGUGUUUUAAACAGGUACACGGUCAGUCCACGAGCACUACAUUACUAUUGGUAUGCCGUAGUAAUUAUACAUUAUUACUGAGUUGAUGUUUAGAACAAUAUAAAGUUAUGAAGAAAUAGGAAUUAUACGCGUUUUCGUUAAGUAUGUGAGUUGAUGAGUAACCACGAGAUGCGACCGGAGCUCACUGAGGACGGGGGAUACUGAGCGAUAGCUUGGUAUAAUUAUUAUUACAAAGACAUUUUGAUUCACACACACUAGGCCGGGUGAGGGGUGACCAAAAAACAAAUGACAGAAUUAAUAUGUCGUUCAGAACAAGACAUUAGUUGUUACCACUUUAACUGAAUACAUUUUGAAUUCGUCCAAA